ACUAAAAAGUCGAGUAAUAAAAAUAUCUCAUCCAACAUAUAGAGAAAAGAGUUUGAAGAGACUAAAAAACAUAUUAAUGGAAAACUCUUAUCCAGUAGGACUACUUAAUAAAUUAAUUUUUAGUACUGCUACCUCUCCAGCUUCCAUCACAUUGAUUGACAAUACCAACAAUAAAAAACCACCCACAGUGAAUAUGGCAAGCCAAGAAAGAAACACUAGCCCAACAAUCGACACCUUAGUACCAACAACACCACAAACAUUUGGAUCUUUACCUUAUAUUCCAUUCUUAACACCAAAACUUCUCAAAUUAUUUAAAGGACUCGAAAACAUAAAAAUUGCUACCAGAAACGUUAAAACUAUAGCACAUUUAUACACCAAAACUAAAGAUCCACUUACGACUAAGGAAAGUUCAAAAGUUGUGUAUCAAAUACCUUGCUCAGACUGCGAUAAGGUUUAUAUAGGAGAAACAUCUCGGACAUUACACAGCAGAAUAAUUUCCCACAGAAGUGAUAUUAAUACAAAAAAAUCGCAAGCUUGUGCAUUAGCAGAUCACUCAAUUAAUCUAAAUCAUACAUUUAAUUUUUCACAAGCGUCAAUCUUAGAGAGGGUGAAAAAUGAACAGAAAAGGUUAUUUGUAGAAAUGACACACAUCCAGAAAAAUAGAAAAUGUAUAAAUAGAAAGUCAGAUAUAGACAAAUUAAGUAACAUUUAUUGUUACAUAUUAGCAUAUCAACAAACAUUUGACACAACAUCAUAAUCUGAUUUUCUAUCGUACAUUCCACCAUUAAAAAUUCAUUUUAUGCUGGUAGACACAUUGACUGGACUAAUUUACUUUACAUCAAUCAAAUUAAUAACUGUAAUUAUAAAAAAAACUAUUGUUACUGGUUUUGCUUUCCUUCUAAAGAAAUGGUAUACACUUCAUACAUGUUGAACAACGAACCAUGGACACAACAUAAUGUAAUAGAUUGACUAAAAUUAUUUAAAUAUUUUAAUAUGUGUGUGAUUGUCCUUCUAGUAAAGUUUCAACUUUUUCAACCAAUCUCAACGACUAAUGUCUUGAAAAAGAAUUAAAUAUAAUUCGAAAGCUUGACAGUAAGUCAAAGAGUUUUCUUUGUCUUGUGGGCCAAAUAAACUGACUGCAUCCUCAAGAGUCACUACUUGAUAUAUAAAUCUACAGUCAA